GCAGCAUCGUCGUGUGAUCAGUUUUUUUAUUCGCUUUUGGGUGACAUCAGCUAUUUGUUUUGUAUUGCCGGUCGAUUAAUUUAGCUCAAAUGUAUACCGAUUCUUAUUUUUCAUCGUUUUUUGUACUGGCGGUUGAAAAUUUGCUAGUUUUUUAAAAUGCUAUUGAUUUUUUUUAGCAUUGCUAUUAGAGUUUUAGAAUUUUUUUACACAAUUAUCGACACGCAAAACUGUAAGCCAAGUUUAUGAAAAAUUUCAGUUACUAGUCGUGCCCUCACGCAAGGACGAUCAUUUUUUGUAGUGGAUCUGGAUUUUUUAUAGUGGAAAUUUUUAAGAGCAACAAAAAAGUAACGAAGAAAAAUCAUGAAGCACCAAGCAAUAUCUUUGGAAUCGGCGAAACCAUCAGCCGCUGAAGGUCCAACCGUGCACGGGCAGAUGAAUCCCGAGGUGGUUGUCGUCGAUCCCGAUGAGAAAAUCUUCGGUGAAAAUGCUCCAGAGGGCGAUACCAAGGACCCGAUGGAUACGGUUCCCAUAAGUUCUCUCGAAGAUCUGGACGAAGCGAUCAUGAAGAAAAUCGACAAGGCCGAGUCGUUGGACGACUGGUUGGAGAUCCGAUCACAAUUGAAAGUCGAAAGGUCAAACGAGAACGUGAGGAAGGUCACGCUGUACGUGAAGGACAGGCUGGACAAGCUGCCGGAGGGGGAGCGAAGACAGUGGGCCAGGAACGUCGUCACGGCACUUUACAGGGACAUACUACCCGAGUCCCUGAUAGACCUGCUGGUCGGUCAGUUCUUUCCCGGCGAUAGCGGUGUCGACGUGGACGCGAGGCCAGACUGGCUGGACUUGGACAAGUUCCGCAGGGGCCAGAAAUUCGCCGUCAAGUACCUGUCCUCUAUAUGCUACGCCGAUUUUUUAUCCCUCGUCGUCGUGUUUUCCUUCCAGGAUGCCCUCAAGCCGCUCGUCGUCACCGGCGCCUCCAGCACGCCUUACGCGGCGUUCAAUAGGUACUAUUCGACAGCGGAGCGCGUCCGAAACUGGUACCUCAGCGAUCCCUGGACUCCAGGCACAUCGGCGUACAACGACGUCAGAGCGGUGCGCAAGAUGCACGCCUGCGUCCGCAAGCGGCUCCAAAGCAUGUCACCCGAGGAGUUGGCGGAAAGGUCGAGGAUCCGGCAUCCCUGGUGCCCGUCGCUCGACCUGCUCAAAGAGGAUUUCCAAUCGACGUGCCCGGCACCGGCACCAGGCCAAUGUCCUUACGAGGCACUGACCGAGUAUCCCGAGCUCAAGUUCAACAAUCACCUGAACCAAGGCGAGAUGGCUGCCACGCAGUUCGCCUUUGUCGGCCUCGUCGUCACUUAUCCAAAGUUUUUCGGGGUCCACGGCGCCACCGACGACGACAUCGAGGCCUUCUGCCACGCCUGGAGGGGAAUCGGUUACCUCCUUGGAGUCGAUGACGAGUACAACUAUUGCCGGGGAACUUUGGGAGACGUAAGGCUGCGAACGACCAAUUUGCUGGAGCACUGGGUCAAGCCGAACUUACGGGACGUCAACGCCGAGUGGGAGCACAUGAUGAGGUGCGCUGUCGAGGGUUUGCAAUAUUAUUUUCCCGGCUCGACCUACGAGCUCUACAUCACGGAUCUCGCUCGGCUUUUGAACCUACACUUGCCCCGCUACUGGGGCGCCAUGCCAUACGUUGAACGAAUGAGGUGCAGCGCGACCAGAUUUUAUUUCGAGCAGUGCUGUAAAGUUGCAGCUUUUCGGGGUGUCUUGAAUUACCGUUUGAAGCAAAGUACCGAAAAGGCCAAGACGUACGGCGAAGCCAAGCGCAACGAGCUAGAGCAAAGAUCCGCCAGGACUUUGGAGGCGUACAGGCUCAAGCUGAAACAGAACAAUGGGAUGGAAAAAUGUCCACAAUUGGACCACAUGAUCACGCGGAUAUAAGUAUAUUUUGAUGACUAUUUGAUGGCAAAGGAAGGAAGAACUGGACAGGUUAAAACUUACAAAAGUGAAAGAAUGAACGGAAUAGAUCAAGCUUGGCUAAACAUGAGAAGUGUGUGGGUACGAUUGUCAUUCGAUUCAUGAUAAGUCAAACGAUCAUCAUUUACUGUGGGUAUAGCAGGUGAUCCUUUCGUUAUAUGCAGCUUCAAAACAAUUGUUGCUGAUGACCAUUCGACGCAUCGGGAAAACGACGAGA